AUGAGCCGCUUCGCCGAACCCGUCUUUGUGGCCGCCGGCCGUCGGACACCAUUUGGCCGCGGAGGCGGAGCGCUGGCGGCCUACGACACGGUUUCGUUAUCCGUACCAGUGGUGCAGGCGAUGGCCGAGCAUGCGGAGCCCGACCUGGUCGUCUGGGGAACCGUGAUCCCGAACCUUGGCUGGAGCAAUAUUGCCCGCGAGGUCUGGCUCGAUGCCAAGCUUAAUCCGAAUGUGCCGGCAUUCUCCGUCGUUCUCGCAUGCUCGACCAGCAUGACGGCAACCUUCGCAGCGGCGGGCAUGCUCGGCGGUGGAACCGACCUGGCGCUCGUCGGCGGCGGCGAGGUCAUGAGCCGGCCAUCGCUGGCCUUAACCCCGGAAGCAUCGAAGCGGCUCACGGAUCUUUUCGCGAAAGAUCCCGCCGCCGCGCUGGCUGCGCUGCAGGCGCUUACGCCGCGCGACUAUGUCCUACCGACCAAGGGGUGGGCCAACCGCAUCACCGGCAGAACCAUGGGCGAUCAUAUGGAGGAGACGGCCAAGGCCUGGUCCAUCUCCCGCGAAGCCCAGGACGAUUGGGCGCUCAAAAGCCACCAGCGCGCAGUCGCCGGCUGGAAUGCCGGCUUUUUCGAUGAUCUCGUGAUCCCGCUGACCGAGCUGAAGCGCGACGCUAACCCGCGCUCAGACACGUCCGCCGAGCGGCUCGCCGCCCUGAAGCCUGCCUUCGAUCGAGACAGCGGCUUCGGAACCCUGACGGCCGGCAACAGCUCGCCGAUCACCGAUGGCGCGGCCGCCUGCUGGGUCGCCAAUGCGGUUGGCGUGGCAAAGCUACCGUCCGAUACGCCAUAUGUCCGGUUGGUCGACUACGAGGUGUCAGCGGUCGACCUUCACAACGAGGGUCUGCUGAUGGCCCCGUCCUAUGGCAUCCCGCGCCUGCUUGCACGGCAUGGACUCAGCUACCCGGACAUUGCUCUUUGGGAAAUCCACGAAGCUUUCGCCGCCCAGGUGCUGGCGAACGUCGCGGCUAUCACCGACCGUGACUGGGUCCGCACGAAGGCGGGUGUCGACCAAGACAUGGGCCAGUUCGACUGGGACCGCGUCAACCCAAAUGGCGGCUCGGUGGCGAUCGGGCAUCCGUUCGGCGCCACCGGCGCCCGCGACCUCAGCCAGGCGGUGAAGGAGCUGUGGGCGCAGCCGGUGGGAUCACGCGCGAUCGUCAGCAUCUGCGCCGAUGGCGGGCAGGGGACCGUCGCGCUUCUCGAGCGCGUGUGA